CAUUACAGACAGCGGAGUCCUGAGAAGCCAGACAUCUGCUCCUCACAUGAAUGCACUCACCUCCUAGAGACCAGGCUGCCAUCAUGCUCUGGAAGCUCGUGGAGAAUGUCAAGUACGAAGAUAUCUAUGAGGACCGGCACGAUGGCGUCCCAAGCCACAGCUCCAGGCUCUCCCAGCUGGGCUCGGUAUCCCAGGGACCUUACUCCAGCGCCCCGCCGCUGUCCCACACCCCGUCGUCAGACUUCCAGCCGCCCUACUUCCCGCCUCCCUACCAGCCGCUCCCCUACCAUCAGAGCCAGGAUCCCUACUCCCACGUCAACGACCCCUACUCCCUGAACCCACUGCACCAGCCCCAGCAGCAUCCUUGGGGGCAACGGCAGCGGCAAGAAGUGGGUUCGGAAGCCGGCUCUCUCCUGCCCCAGCCUCGGGCAGCCUUGCCCCAGCUCUCGGGCCUCGACCCCCGGAGGGACUACCACUCGGUCCGCCGGCCAGACGUGCUGCUGCAUUCGGCGCACCACGGCCUGGAUGCGGGCAUGGGUGACAGCCUCUCGCUGCACGGCCUCGGCCAUCCCGGAAUGGAAGACGUCCAGUCAGUUGAAGAUGCCAAUAACAGCGGCAUGAAUCUACUGGACCAGUCUGUCAUAAAAAAAGUUCCGGUUCCUCCCAAAUCUGUGACUUCUCUGAUGAUGAAUAAAGAUGGAUUCCUGGGAGGCAUGUCAGUCAACACCGGCGAGGUAUUUUGCUCGGUCCCGGGCCGUUUGUCUCUGCUCAGUUCAACUUCAAAGUACAAAGUAACUGUGGGGGAAGUUCAGAGACGGCUUUCGCCCCCCGAAUGCCUCAAUGCGUCUCUCCUCGGCGGCGUCCUCAGAAGAGCCAAAUCGAAAAAUGGGGGGAGAUCUUUGCGAGAAAGGCUAGAAAAAAUCGGUUUGAAUUUACCCGCGGGCAGGCGCAAAGCUGCAAAUGUCACGUUACUCACCUCCCUGGUGGAAGGAGAAGCUGUUCACUUAGCUCGGGAUUUUGGGUAUAUUUGUGAAACGGAGUUUCCUGCUAAAGCCGUUUCUGAGUAUUUGAACCGGCAGCACACCGACCCCAGUGACCUGCACUCCCGAAAGAAUAUGCUGCUGGCUACCAAGCAACUCUGUAAAGAAUUUACGGAUCUGCUGGCGCAGGAUCGGACGCCAAUCGGGAACAGCAGGCCUAGCCCCAUCCUGGAGCCGGGGAUCCAGAGCUGCCUCACGCACUUCAGCCUCAUCACGCACGGCUUCGGCGCCCCAGCCAUUUGCGCCGCGCUCACGGCCCUGCAGAACUAUCUCACCGAGGCGCUCAAAGGCAUGGACAAGAUGUUCUUGAACAACACCACCACUAACAGGCACACGUCUGGGGAAGGCCCAGGUAGUAAAACUGGCGACAAGGAGGAGAAACACAGGAAAUGAAAAAUUAAAAAAAAAAAAAAGAAAAAUGUUUUAAAUACAAAAGGAAAACAGAAAAAAUUUAAUUUUAGCUUUAAAAUGUUGGAUUGGCUUUGGAAGAAUUAUAUUAGGUAGAAUACACAUACAAUCAAAUUUAAAAAAAAGAGCUAAAUAACUUUUAAAAAAAACUGAGGCAUACAACGGAGCAACAAUAUCGGUUCUCAGUGUCUAUUUCAAGAUACACUUGGAGACAAACGUCCGGAUUUUCCACUUCGGUUCUUUCGAGCUUAGUAAUACUGAUAAUAAAAGAAAACCAUGAUUUUCCCCCUUUGGAAAAUAAACGUAAGACUAAACAUGAGAAAACGCUAACUUAUUGGAAGAAAAUCGGAGAAACAUUGUUGGUGUCAGUGCUUUGAGAGUUGGUUGACUGAGACGCACGAACUUUUUAAUUUUUAAUAUUUUUUUAGGAAACACUCUUGCAGUCCCCGCCCUCCCACCUCACCUCACCCCUCUCCCAGCCACCCUUUUCUACGUUGCCCUCCCUCCCUCAAGCUGUCACGGGAAUUUUCCGGGAUGAAAAUGAGUGUGGUU